GAAUACUAUAUAAGGAUGACAUGAGAUCCACACACCAACCACGAACCGACUUUAGUUAACCCUUCUCUUCGGCAACAUCGACAUUGUUUCAGAUGCGAUCAAGGUGUUGGAACACUCGAGAUCAUUCAUACAAACAGGAAAACCGUGUUGGUCGAAGGAUCGGGAUGAAGAAAAUCAUGAAUUGCGUGGCGAGCAAGUUCACGGGGAAGAAGAUGGUGGAUAGCAAUGGCACAGCCAACUUCACGGGGAAGAAGACGGCGGAUAGUAAUAGCAUAGCCAAGAAGUGGAGGAUCCUAAGCGGCGCGGACGAUUGGGAGCAUCUGUUGGACCCUCUCAACAUCGAUCUCCGUCGGUACAUCUUGCACUAUGGAGAAAUGGCACAGGCUGCUUACGAUGCCUUCAUCGCGGAAAAGGAGUCGAAGUUCGCCGGGGGCUGCCGGUAUGCGAGGCGAGACUUCUUCUCCAAGGUGGGCCUGGAACUGGGGAAUCCGUACAAGUACAGUGUGACCAAGUUCUUGUACGCGACAUCGCAAGUCCAGGUCCCGGAUGCGUUCAUAGUUAAAUCUCUGUCGAGGGAGGCAUGGAGCAAGGAGUCGAAUUGGAUUGGGUAUGUGGCGGUGGCGACGGACGAGGGGAAGGCCGUGCUGGGUAGGAGGGACAUCGUGAUUGCCUGGCGAGGGACGGUCCAGACGUUGGAGUGGGUGAACGAUUUCGAGUUUGAUUUGGUCUCGGCCUCGAAAAUCCUGGGAGAGAAGGGCGAUCCUAGGGUGCAUCAGGGUUGGUACUCGAUAUACACAUCCGACGACUCGCGCUCUCCCUUCAAUAGGACAAGUGCCAGAGAUCAGGUUCUGCAAGAAGUGAAAAGACUGGUGGAGCUGUACAAGAACGAGGAGAUCAGCAUCACCGUGACUGGCCACAGCUUGGGCGCGGCGAUUGCGACGCUGAAUGCGGUGGACAUCGUUGCCAAUGGACUGAAUCAGCCUAAAGAUCGGAGAGGGAGAUCUUGUCCAGUUACAGCUAUAGUCUUUGCCAGCCCCAAAGUCGGCGACUCCAACUUCGGAGAGGUGUUCUCUGAGUACCAAGACCUCCGAGCCCUACGUAUCCGUAACGCCUUUGACAUCGUCCCGAGCUAUCCAAUCCUGGAUUAUACGGAAGUCGGGGUAGAGUUGGGCAUCAACACUCGAAGAUCUCAGUACUUGAAGAGCCCUGGGAGCACGUCGAGUUGGCACAACUUGGAGUGCUACUUGCAUGGAGUCGCAGGGACGCAGGGGUCGAAAGGAGGGUUCAAGCUAGAGAUCAACCGCGAUGUCUCCCUCGUGAACAAGAGACUCGAUGGUUUGAAGGACGAGUAUCUCGUGCCGGUCUCUUGGCGGUGCGAGAAGAACAAGGGCAUGGUUCAGCAGGAAGAUGGGUCCUGGAAGUUGAUGGACCAUGAAGAGGAUAAUGAUCUUACUUCAAUGUAUCAAAUGUAAAUAAAGGCAGUAGACACACUUGUGCUCCUAGUCUUUUCCAGAACCGAUGUACACCAGAAAAGAGAUUCAUCGGUUUUCAUGA